AUGGAUCAAGAACAUGGUCGUGCGGCGGGAAUCACACGCUUCUUGAGAGAGGAAGUUGUGUCACGGCAUGCCGACUUGCUCUUGUUCACCUGCUGUUUGACCUCUGGGCUUGUGGAUAGCACAAUAUACAAUGCUUAUGCCACAUUCGUCUCAAUGCAAACUGGAAACACCAUCUUCGUGGGCCUCGGCACAUCAAAUCAGAAUUCACGUCCAUACGGCUGGGCUCGCUCCUUGACAUCAAUCGGAUGCUUUGUCCUGGGUGCCUUUUUCUUUGCGCGGCUGAACCAAUGGAUCGGGGCACACAAGCGGGGAUCUCUGAUGCUCUCCUUCUUCAUCCAAGCCAGUAUGAUCAUGAUUACCGCCGCUCUGGUGCAGGCUGGUGUGGUCUCCAGUGCCAUGGAAUCCAAUCUGGUGCAAACGACCACAAAGUGGGACUCGGAGGUCCCAAUCGUUCUCCUCAGCUUUCAGUCGGCAGGCCAGAUUGUUGCGAGUCGAGCUCUGGGAUACAACGAGAUCCCCACCGUAGUGAUCACAAGCCUUUUGUGUGACCUGAUGUCGGACCCGAAGCUGUUCUUACUGCGGAACGAAAAACGGGAUCGGCGCCUCGCAGCCUUUAUUCUCACUCUGGUUGGGGCUAUUGUUGGAGGCUGGGUCACUAAAGCGACUCAGCAAAUCUCGCCUGUGCUAUGGUUGGCAGCCGGGAUUAAGUUCUCGGUGGCAUUGUGCUGGGGCUUUUGGAAGAGCAAAUCAUAA